UGAUGUAUCAGCAACAGUCGAACACAGCGAUACAGUAGGACUGCGUCUUUUUGGUUCCCAUCUGCCACUUAAAUUUCUAUACAUUUCCACAAGGAAUAACUUAAUCAAUUCCACCAAAUUCGUUAAUAUUUUCUAUUAUUUGCGAGCUAAUUUAGUCAUAAUUCCGUUGUGAAUUCCGUUACCAACAUGUCUGCAACAGUGAAAAAGGUACAAGAGUACAAAGAUGGUUUGAUCAAGAAAGCAGAAAAUCUAAUAACCAUCGGCUUCCCCGAGAAAAUUGUCCGACUCAACGAAUUAUUGGAAACACAAAUGUUCGCCAAUCGUAAUUUACACGAUGUUCAUCAGGAUCUAAACAUUCCCGUACCAGAUGCAAUUACACAAAAUCAUGUAAACGACUUUGAGGCCAUACCAUCGAAGCGAGCACGAAUUGAUGACAAUUCAAAGACAACCACAGAAUCAUUGACGGGUCCUUCUGGUACAAAAGUAUUGGCUUUGCCGACCGGCAGUGUUGCAUGUAAUACACCAAUUUGUGAUUUGAUCACCGUCGUCAAGCCCUUCAUCCGCGAAUUGGUUGAAGAUUCAAACUUGUUGAAAAUGUGGAUUUCAUUCAUGAUUCCAAAGAUCGAAGAUGGUAACAAUUUCGGUGUAGCUGUGCAAGAGGAAACCUUAGGCGAAAUUCAAAGCGUUGAAAGUGAAGCAGCCGCAUUCUUCGAUCAAAUAUCACGGUACUUCAUAUCACGGGCGAAAAUUGUUUCUAAAGUCGCGAAAUAUCCACACAUUGACGACUAUCGUCGUGCUGUACAGGAAUUAGACGAAAAGCAGUUCCUCAGUCUUUGGCUGGUUAUGUGUGAAGUGCGCAAUCGAUACUCUUCACUGCAUGAUAUUGUCAUCAAAAACUUGGAAAAAUUGAAAAAACCGCGAUCAUCCAAUGCCGAAGGACUGUACUAAUUGCUUUAAGUGUUUAUUUUUCUAAUGUUCACAUGCAACUGAUUGGAGGACGCUAAAUAAUUACAGCAAAUUGAAUUCAAACCUCAACACAUGCUUUUUUUGUAAACAAAUCACUCAAUUAAAAAUCAGUCUCGAAAAUGAAAUAAAACUGUAAUUAAAAAGCAAUUGUUUUCAAAGAAUCAAUAUUGAAAGAAAAACUAAAAAAAAAUUGGAAUAAAAAUUACAUUGCUCGUAAUUUUCGAAAUGUUUGACACAAAAAGAAUUGUUAAAUUUAAACACACGUUUAGAUCGUCUCUAAAUCAUGAAAUAAAAAUUCAAAAUUUCCAUAUGAAAA